AUGUCGGCGCUGGACAUGCUGAUGAAGAUGCGAGCUGUCAGUGCAGCCCACGGCCUUGCAGCCAUGGCGAACUCACCCCCGGCUCCACCAGCCCCGCCGGCUCCUCCGGCCCCGCCAGCUCCGCCUGCUCCACCCUCUCCUCUCGCACCUCCCGCUCCUCCGGCGCCACCCGUGCCCCCUUUCCCUUACCACUUCGAACCUGUGAACGACGGCGAAGAGUUUCCUCGUCCGCCGGAGCCCGACGCGUCUUCUACCGAUGACGAGGGGAGCGAAAAUGCCGCAGCGACCGAUGAAAACCUUCCUUUCCCUCUGCCCCAGUUCCCCGCUGAUGUGCUGCGCGAUGUCAACCCCACCGCGGUCGCACGUGAUGCUGUAACCCCCGCAACAGGAUUAACCAGCACAAGCGGCACGCUCGCACCAUGGCUGAGAAGACGGGAGGAGGAGGAGGAGGAGGAGGAGGAGGAGGAGGAGGAGGAGGAGGAGGAGGAGGAGGAGGAGGAGGAGGAGGAGGAGCGGGACGAGGAGGCACCGGAGGAGGAGGACGACGGUAUGGAGGAGGUGGACGGCGUGGACAGUGAGGAGGAGUAG